CCUAAUAAACCACACUCUUUAUAUAGUCUCACACAUUACAUUCUCUGCUGCAUCAUCACCCAAAAGGGCCAGAAGACCUCAGGAAUUUGAAGAGUGUAUUCACUGAUUAAUUGAAAAAAUUGUGAAAGAAAUAAUGGAAUACAAGAUGAGCUUCAUGGUUAGUAGUAUACUAGUGCUUUUGUGUUCUACAUCAGCAUAUGCUCAAACUGUUGGAUCUCCAACACUGAGCCCUACUCCAGCACCGGCACCAGCACCGGACUUUGUAAACCUCACUGAAUUACUCACUGUAGCCGGCCCAUUCAGCACCUUCCUCCGCUACCUUCAAUCCACCAAAGUCAUCGAAACAUUCCAAAACCAAGCCAACAACACUGAGGAAGGGAUUACCAUCUUUGUACCCAAAGAUGCAGCUUUUGCGUCUCUUAAAAAGCCCUCUCUCUCCAAUCUCACUGCAGACCAGCUCAAGUCACUCUGCCUUUUCCAUGCCUUGCCUCAUUACUACUCUCUGUCAGACUUCAAAAACCUCAGCGACGUAAGCCCUAUCAGCACAUUUGCUGGCGGACAAUAUAGUCUGAAUUUUUCAGAUGUGUCCGGGACUGUGCAGUUAGGUUCAGGAUGGACAACCACGAGAGUCAGUAGUAGCGUACAUUCGACUGAUCCUGUUGCAAUUUACCAGAUCAAUAAGGUCCUUCUUCCAGAAGCGAUCUUUGGUACUGAUAUUCCCCCAACCCCGGCUCCAGCUCCAUCCCCCGACAUUGCACCAGCUGCAGAUACUCCAACUGAAAAGAGUGGAAAUGAAUUAUCUCCAGCAUCUGCAUCACCAUCAUCUUCUUAUAAAAUUAUCAGCUGGGGUAUUUGGAGUCACAUGGUUUUGGCAAUUUCGGGUGGGCUGUUUCUGUUCUUCUGAGGGAGGUGAGCUGUUUCUGUUCUUGUGAUUGGAGGAUUUGUUGUCUUUUUAUUUAUAUUAAUUGGAUACAUCCAUUCAUUUGCUUUAAUUUUUAAGCCAUUUUUUUGUUCAUGUAUGUUAUCGAGACGAAUUAUUGAGUAUUCUGCAAUGUAAUUACUGUCUUUAUCAAGAUGGCCUUUUGCGCCUGUUCAUUGAUUUCAAAUUGGAAAUGGUUAUGUUUUUUUUUUUUU